AUGGCUCAACUGCCGUCCGAGGUCAUGGGCCAGUGUGUUGCUAUUCUUCUCUACAGCUGGUUUUGCCUGGCCGUCGGCUUGUUCUUGCUUUGGAUCGUGUGGGCUCAUGAUGAGCGCACAAGCUAUGUCAUCAUGCUGGGGUCUUUCAUGGUCUUGCACACAUUUACCUCAAUCAUCCAGCAAAUACACACCAUCACCUGGUGGAACGAUAUCAAGACGGCACAAUGGCAGAAUGUCGUUGCCAAUGUGGGGAAUCCUGAACUCAACAUCACGGGUGCAUCAACCGGUCUGGAUUUAGUGCUGUUUUACAUUCGUGGGUUGCUUUGUGGUCGACUACCGGGAGCGCAUACUGAUGGUUGCACAGAGUACUAUUGCUACAAUGUAGAAUCACUACUCGUUGUCUUUUGGGCUGUAGAGCUGGCCAACAGUAUCUUCCAGCUACGCAUCACCAAAAUGUACCGGUUCCACGCCUCUCUGAUUGCCAAGGGUACCGCGGCCGUGAUCCCGGCCGUGUUUAUGGUUUUGCUUCGGUUCAGCAAGAUUCAGGCCAGUACCGUUGGGUUCCUGAUCUUGUCUAGCGGAAUCAUGAUCGCUUGCUUCCUGGCCGGCAGCUUGAUCUUGUUGUCGAUUCUUGGCAAAUACAUUCACUCGCGGGUAAUGGUGUUGUCAUGGGACGUUCGGUAUGGGCGCUCAACGAACACUGGUGGAGGCACCUCGGAUGGAACGAAUCCAACCAGUAGCUCGCAGCCGAAGCCUCCGUUGCCGAAGAGGAAGAAUAUCUACGACAGGUGGUUGGUGUUGCGGUUCACCGUUGCUUUCAUCGCCUUGAGCCUUUUUCAACUCGUCGUUGUCAUGUUCCAGCUCCGAGCUUCACAGACCAACUCGGUCGAAAAUGUCCCGGCAGAGCCGGACCUGAGUGCCGGGAGAGCCGUUACCGACUUUGUUCUUUACAUCCCUGGAGUUACAGCGCCGGUACUGGCUUAUUUGGUGUUUGGAACAACGAGGACCUUUCGAGAUUAUGCCUGGUCCGUACUUGCGCCGCGGUGGUUGCAGGCGAAGCGAGAGGCACGCAAGCAGGCCAGGAAGAAGCCCAGCGUCGUGAUCGGUGCGAGGGACUUGGCCAUCAUCAGCCAGGAGCAGGCAAACAAAGCGGGCCGUGAUUUGGAAUCAGGACUUUGUCAUUACGAGGUCGGCGUCACUGCCGGGAGGGAUAGGGCGAACAGCAACGCUGGGAGGGAAAGGUCAUUUAGCAACGCCGGGAGGGAUAGGGCGUAUAGCAAUGCUGGGAGGAUGAGGGGGAACAGCAUAAGGCUGCAGAACCUCAAUUCUUCCCACAACCACAUUGUGGGUGCGAUGAAGGAUAAGGACUCGGAUGAGGAUGAAUGGCCGAUUAUGAAGCAUGAGUCCAUUCAGGUCACGACCGAAAUCGACCGAAGCUCUGGCCACUCUAGUCAGUGGAAGGAUAUGAUGGACAAGGAUCGGAGGAUAUGA